GGAGGCCCGGGGGCCGCUUGGGUGUCACCAACAACGCGCUCCGGCCGGAAACAGGCGCUUGUUUCCGGCCGGACGGCCGAAAGCCACCGAUCCCGAACUGGCCGCUGGGGUCCGAGUGGCGACAGAGCGUGGAGAAGGCAGAAAGACGCUGGGAGAGGGCAGUCCCCAUCAGUUCCGUCUGAGUCCAGUUCCAGAUCCUGUGCGGAGCCACAGCCGCGGUCGCAGUGUCCGCCGCCGCCCCCGCCUCACCGGCGUCGGGGGAGGGGCCGGUCGGACCCCGGGGUCACUGCCGAGGAAUGAGGAGAGGCGGCCGGGCCCCGCGCUCUGCCCCGGCCUAGCGCCUGGCCCGGGAGUCGCGAGGCCUGGUGGAGCUCCUACAUAUUCUUAAAGACUCAGCUGAAAGUUUGAGAAGUUUCCCAGAUUCAUCUAGGUGGAGACCUGAAGUUUGAUGUGUGUCUUACCACAUCCAGCUACCUGAAAGUACUUCAUGAUCACAUGACCCUGGACAUGGAUGCUGUCCUGUCGGAUUUUGUCCGUUCCACAGGAGCAGAGCCAGGGCUAGCCCGAGAUCUCCUGGAAGGAAAAAAUUGGGACGUGAGUGCCGCCCUCAGUGAUUUUGAACAGCUACGUCAAGUCCAUGCUGGGAACCUACCGUUACCCUUUAGCGAAGGGAGUAGUGGCUCCAAGACCCCUGAAAAGGGGUGUUCUGAGAAAGAGUGUGCUCGCCCUUCCCGACCUACCCUGCAGCGGCAAGAUGACAUCAUUCAAGAAAAACGCCUGUCUAGGGGCAUCUCCCACGCCAGCUCCAGCAUUGUCUCCCUGGCCCGGUCCCAGGUCUCCUGCAGUGGUGGGGGUGGGGGGAGCAGUGAGCACCCCCUGGAAAUGCCCAUCUGUGCUUUCCAGCUUCCAGACCUCACCGUGUACAGUGAAGAUUUCCGCAGCUUCAUAGAGAGAGACCUCAUUGAGCAGUCCAUGCUGGUUGCCUUGGAACAGGCAGGGCGUUUAAAUUGGUGGGUUAGUGUGGACCCCACCUGUCAGAGACUUCUUCCUUUGGCAACUACUGGAGAUGGGAACUGUCUCCUGCACGCAGCUUCUCUUGGGAUGUGGGGCUUUCAUGAUCGGGACUUGGCACUGAGGAAAUCUUUGUAUGCACUGAUGGAAAAAGGAGUGGAGAAGGAAGCACUGAAAAGGCGCUGGAGGUGGCAGCAAACACAGCAGAACAAAGAGUCAGGCCUGGUGUACACAGAGGAAGAAUGGCAGAAGGAAUGGAAUGAACUGAUCAAGCUUGCCUCAAGUGAGCCACGAAUGCAUCUUGGUACCAACGGAGCCAGUGGUGGAGGGGUGGAGAGCGCAGAGGAGCCUGUGUAUGAGAGCCUGGAAGAGUUCCACGUCUUUGUCUUGGCACAUGUGCUCAAGAGGCCGAUAGUGGUUGUGGCGGAUACCAUGCUGAGGGACUCUGGAGGGGAAGCAUUUGCUCCUAUUCCCUUUGGGGGAAUCUAUCUGCCCUUGGAGGUCCCUAUCAGCCAGUGUCACCGAUCUCCUCUGGUGCUCGCCUAUGAUCAGGCCCACUUUUCUGCACUUGUGUCCAUGGAGCAGAAGGAAAAUGCCAAGGAACAAGCUGUGAUACCACUUACAGACUCAGAGCAUAAGCUGCUGCCCUUGCACUUUGCAGUGGACCCAGGAAAGGGCUGGGAGUGGGGCAAAGAUGACAGUGACAAUGUCCGAUUGGCCAGUGUAAUCCUGUCCCUGGAGGUCAAACUACAUCUGCUGCAUAGCUACAUGAACGUAAAGUGGAUCCCACUGUCCUCUGAUGCACAGGCUCCUCUGGCACAGCCUGAGUCCCCAACAGCUUCAGCUGGCGAUGAGCCUCGGUCUACUCCUGAGUCUGGGGAAUCAGACAAGGAGUCAGUUGGCAGCAGUUCUACCAGCAAUGAGGGCAGCAAGCGGAAGGAGAAGUCCAGGCGAGAUCGGGAAAAAGACAAGAAGAGAGCAGAGUCCGUGGCUAACAAACUGGGCAGCUUUGGCAAAACCUUGGGCAGCAAGCUCAAAAAGAACAUGGGAGGCCUGAUGCACAGCAAAGGCUCUAAGCCUGGAGGGGUGGGCACGGGGCCAGGGGUGAGCAGUGGUACUGAGACGCUGGAGAAGAAGAAGAAGAACUCACUGAAGAGCUGGAAGGGUGGCAAGGAGGAGGCAGCCGGGGAUGGGCCUGUGUCUGAGAAGCCCUCAUCAGAGUGUGCCAGUAAUGGAGGGAGCAAGUAUAGCCAGGAAGUUAUGCAAAGCCUGAGCAUUAUGAGGAUCACAAUGCAAGGGGAGGGAAAAUUUAUUUUUGUUGGAACCCUGAAGAUGGGUCACCGUCACCAAUAUCAGGAGGAGAUGAUCCAGCGGUACCUUACUGAUGCUGAGGAGAGGUUUCUGGCAGAGCAGAAGCAGAAGGAGGCAGAGAGGAAGAUCAUUAACGGAGUGGUAGCGAGUGGGCCUCCUCCAGCCAAAAAGCCAGAGUCAGAUGGUGGGGAGGAGCAGCUGACUGUGCCCCCAGGAGAGUCCAAGGCAAUGGCCUUCUCAACUGGCUACCCUGGGGGCUUUACUAUCCCUCGGCCUUCUGGGGGUGGAGUCCACUGCCAGGAACCCAGAAGGCAGCUGGCAGGGGGUCCGUGUGGGGGGGUGCUACCACCAUAUGCUACUUUCCCCAGACAGUGCCCCCCUGGGCGACCAUACCCCCACCCGGACAGCAUCCCACCUCCAGAGCCAGGCAUUCACUCCAAGGAUGGAGUUCACAGGGGCACAUUGUUGCCAACUCCCUUCCGCGUGGCUGAUUCCUAUAGCAACGGCUACAGGGAACCCCCGGAGCCAGAUGGAUGGGGUGGAGGUCCCCGUGGUCUUCCACCAACCCAGACCAAGUGCAAACAACCGAACUGCAGCUUCUAUGGACACCCUGAGACAAACAACUUCUGCUCUUGCUGUUACAGGGAAGAACUGAGGAGGAGGGAACGGGAACCUGGUGGGGAGCUGCUGGUACACAGAUUCUGAACGGUGGGACCUUGGAGGGCAAGGGGGCUCAACAAAGUGAAGUUUGACUCAUUGGCUUAUCAAGCCCCAGCCCCAUAUUGAUGGGGCAAAUGCAUAAAUGUCUGUGGGAGCCUGACUGGAAACUUAAGUCUGUGCGCGCUGAAGUGCUGCCAGGCUGGUAAGAGCAGGUAGGGCCGGAUGGUGCCCAAGGGCUGCACUGCUUUGCAGAGCUUGACUUGAUGGGACUGAGAAGCCACGAGAGAGCGGGGAGAUGGUGACUCUGUCUCCUAAUGCCUUGCAUCCCAUCCCAGAACCGAGGGAGAGGAGGCGCUGAGGUUUGGUGUAGGUGGGAGGUGUGCAGAUGUGGGGAGGAGCAGGCAAAGAAGGUUCUCAGUCAAAGACAAGGUAGACCAAAGUUCUUUCCAGUUCGGAAGAAGCACAUGGCGAUGGAGCUAGGCGAGUAAGGGACACAGAUACUGGACAGAUCUGCUGUUGAUUUUAAUAAGGUGUAAAUUAGGGCUGGACACAGUCUCCCCCGAAGGAUGUGGUAAGGCAAGGCCAUACUGUGUGCGCUUGGGUACUUGUUAGAGAGAGGAAGUAGUUAAAAUCCCAGUUUAUGAAGAUGGGAGAGGGAGGAACUUAAAAGGAGUUUUGUUUCCUUCUGUAGUCAUCGGUCAUCCAUGCUAGUUUGAGAGGUUGUGGCUGCUGGGCCCUGUUUUUUCCUCAGCCCUUUUGAAGGCUGAGCUCAGCUAAAUUAAGAAGGUUAUGAUUUUUUGAAAAAAACACUUAAAUUUUAUCUUUAAAAAAUUUCCUCUGAGAAAGGAGAGUGUGAUGAGAAGAACAGCUGUUUGUUUUGAAUUUUCUCCAGGUGAAUGAGUGCAGAGUGAUUUGUUUUUUAACUACUUAGCAAUAACCAUACGUGGGUUUGAGUGUAUGGUACCUUGGGGCAGGUUGGGGGAAGGACAGACACCUUGGCCAGACUGUUUGAAACCAAACCAAAAACCUACAUAAAGCACUACCAUCUUCUGCUGCUGUGUUUCUGUAGAAAGCAACUUAUUUUAUUGACUAAUUUUUUUAAGGAAAAGAAACAAAACCCCAACAAGCAAAAACAUUUUUAAGAAUUAUUAUUUUUUUCCCUAUUUAAGUGAUUCUUUCUCCUUCCUCUCUACUUUUGGAGAAUGAAUUUAACAUCCUGGCUUCUUUUGUUAAGCCAUAGUUGACCUUAAUCUGUGGUUAGUUUAUCAAAAUAAUAAUAACAUACUUUGUAAGAUAAGAUAUUUUUGAUAUUAGGACUGAUACUGAAACAAGGAUUGGGGGUUAGGGGCAAUUUACAAAAAGGUAGUUAAAAAUAUUUUAGUGAACUCUAACCACAGAUCACGUAUUACUCGCGAUGAGCUGAUCGGUCUGAAUGUCUCCCUUCCCUGGCUCAGCUCUGUGGCUCAGCUCUGUGUCCCGGGGGCAGGGACAUGGCGCAGACACAGAGGGGAGGGGCCCAGAGGGGAGCUUGUCUGCAUUUUGCACAAAGCACAAGUCUGGACAGCCUGUGCUCUGGCCAGAGCCAUUCCUAAGAGCUUUAAACCAAACCUAUCCUGGGCCAAUUUUUCUUUAUACUUUUUUCUGGUGGAAAACACAAAACACAAACUAUGCAAUUAUAUAUACACUCCAGGGUGCAUAUAAAGAAGGGGUAUAAGUGUA